AGCGCGGGGCCGGGCACGGCGCUCACCGGAGCGCAGCCGCACCGGUGCGGACGGACCCCCGCCGCCGUCCCGGCCCCGUCGCUCCGACCCCUUCCCGGCGCGGGCCCCGCGCUGCUCCUCGCGUCACCGCGUCUCGCGGCUCCCACGUCCUUUUACAUCCCCGCGCGGACCUGACCGCGGUUGCAGCCCCGAUGCUCGCCGCCCGCCGCAGCCCCGCUUCGUGACACGGCGAUUCGCUCCACGCCGUUCCCUCCUGCCGGGCCCUUCGUCCCCGCGGUGUUAGAGGUACUGUGUGACUGAGCAGCUCCUUUGGACCUUCCUGCAAAGACACCAUGGCCAUGGGAAGCUGCAUGUUGCAGUUUGAGGAAGAAAUGUAUCCCUGCCCCGGUCACCGUAAGUGGUGCUGUGUGACUGAACUCAAAGAAAAUGGUGAAGUUCAGCUGAGUUUGAAGUCUUUUGGAGGUCCGUAAACUGUGAAACAGAAGAAUGCAGAAGAGUAUCCCUUGCAUUUUUGUACAUGAGUGACAAGAGCACAAAAUCGUUACUGCUAGUUUGCUGCGAAGAUGAGUUCGGAGGAGAAGAGUAUAUCUCCUGCUCACAAAACUUCCACACCAUCACAUAGAAGUGCCUCCUCUUCAUCAUCAUCUCAGAGGGAUAGGAGGCAGAGCGUUAAUCUUUUGGAACGGAAGGCUUCGUCAGGAAGCACAGACCCUUCCUUAAGCAAGCAGUUCCUGGAAGCAGACCCUAUCUCUCUGUCCAAGCAGGAGCCUGACAGCUGGGAAAUCAUAGAGGGUCUGAAAAUUGGCCAGACUAAUGUACAGAAGCCAGACAAACAUGAAGGCUUCAUGCUGAAAAAGAGAAAAUGGCCCUUAAAAGGUUGGCACAAGAGGUUUUUCGUCCUGGAUAAUGGACUGUUAAAAUAUUCCAAGUCACCAAUUGAUAUACAGAAGGGCAAAGUGCAUGGGAGCAUUGAUGUGGGCUUAUCAGUUAUGUCCAUUAAAAAGAAGGCUCGUAGAAUAGAUCUUGAUACAGAAGAACACAUUUAUCAUCUGAAGGUGAAGUCCCAGGAUACAUUCGAUGCGUGGGUUUCAAAAUUACGCCACCACCGGUUGUACCGUCAGAAUGAGAUUGUGAGAUCUCCAAGAGAUGCUAGCUUCCAUAUAUUCCCCUCAGCCUCUACUACAGAGUCUUCACCAGCUGCUAAUGUACCAGAUGGAAAGGUACAACAAAAUAGCUUCCCAUGGCAAUCUCCUAUACCUUGCAGUAACAGCCUUCCUGCAACCUGCACUACUGGGCAGAGUAAAGUAGCAGCCUGGUUGCAGGACUCAGAAGAGAUGGACAGAUGUGCAGAAGAUCUUGCUCAUUGUCAGUCAAACCUUGUGGAACUCAGUAAACUUCUUCAAAAUUUAGAAAUACUACAGAGAACUCAGUCUGCACCGAAUUUCACAGACAUGCAGGCUAACUGUGUAGAUAUUUCAAAGAAAGACAAGCGGGUCACAAGACGAUGGAGAACAAAAAGUGUCAGCAAAGAUGCAAAAAUUCAACUUCAGUCCAACUCUUCUGGAGAUAACAUUAGCGAAGUACCUAGCUAUAUAAGUCUCUGGCAUACACAGGAAGGGCCGGCACCGAAGGGCCAGUUCAGCACAACACGACGCCGGCAAAGACUAGCAGCUGCAGUGGCUACAACAGUCCCUUUCAGUGCCACGAUGUCUCCGGUUCGGCUGCAUUCGUCCAAUCCCAACCUUUGUGCAGAUAUCGAGUUCCAGACCCCCCCAAGCCAUGUAACAGAUCCUCUAGAGUGCUCUACAGAGUACAUGAAGCUUCAAGAAGAAUUUUGCUUGAUGGCACAAAAAGUGCAUUCUCUUUUGAAGUCUGCCUUUAACAGCAUAGCUAUAGAGAAGGAGAAGCUCAAGCAGAUCGUCUCAGAACAGGAUCUUACCGGUCACAAUGCUCAAAUAGCACACCUCAGACAGUCCCUUUCCCAGGCUCUCAACCAGAAUGCUGAACUAAGGAGUCGCUUGAACAGAAUACAUUCAGAAUCUGUUAUUUGUGAUCAGGUUGUCAGUGUAAAUAUUAUCCCUAGUCCUGAUGAGACGGGUGAACAAAUUCAUGUCAGUUUGCCAUUGUCUCAGCAAGUUUCUAAUGAGAGCAGGCUCUCUAUGUCUGAAUCAGUGUCAGAGUUCUUUGAUGCACAGGAGGUGCUUUUGUCUGCCAGCUCGUCAGAAAAUGAGGCUUCUGAUGAUGAAUCCUAUAUCAGUGAUGUGAGUGAUAAUAUAUCUGAGGACAACACCAGCGUCGCUGACAUUUCUCGGCAAAUUGUCAAUGGUGAACUAACUGGAGGAGCGUUCAGGAACGGACGGCGAACUUGUCUCCCAGCUCCCAGCCCUGACACCAGUAACAUCAAUCUAUGGAAUAUCUUGAGAAAUAACAUUGGCAAAGAUCUUUCCAAAGUAUCCAUGCCAGUUGAGCUAAAUGAACCCCUGAACACCUUGCAACAUCUUUGUGAGGAGUUGGAAUAUAGUGAACUCUUGGACAAGGCUGCUGAAACGGAUGAUCCCUAUGAGCGCAUGGUUCUCAUAGCUGCUUUUGCAGCGUCGGGUUAUGCCUCUACGUAUUUCAGAGCAGGAAGCAAGCCAUUUAACCCCGUGCUUGGUGAAACUUACGAAUGUAUUAGAGAAGACAAAGGAUUUCGAUUUUUCUCAGAGCAGGUUAGCCACCAUCCUCCCAUUUCAGCCUGUCACUGUGAAUCGAAGAACUUUGUGUUUUGGCAAGAUAUCAGGUGGAAAAACAAAUUUUGGGGGAAAUCAAUGGAAAUUCUUCCAGUUGGAACCUUGAAUGUGACUCUUCCAAAGUACGGAGACUACUACGUCUGGAACAAAGUCACUACUUGCAUACAUAAUAUCCUUAGUGGAAGGAGGUGGAUAGAACACUAUGGAGAGAUAACAAUCCGAAAUACAAAAAGCAGCGUUUGUAUUUGUAAACUCACAUUUGUCAAGGUAAACUACUGGAAUUCAAAUGUAAAUGAAGUCCAGGGUGUUGUGAUAGAUCAAGAAGGGAAGGUAGUGCAUCGCCUCUUUGGAAAGUGGCACGAAGGUCUUUAUUGUGGGGUAGCACCUUCAGCCAAAUGCGUGUGGAGGCCGGGCUCCAUGCCAACCAACUAUGAACGUUAUUAUGGCUUCACAAGAUUUGCUAUUGAGCUCAAUGAAUUAGAUCCUGUACUGAAAGAUCUUCUUCCAACAACAGAUGCACGAUUCAGGCCGGAUCAAAGGCUUCUGGAGGAAGGAAAUAUAGAAGCAGCAGCAUCAGAGAAACAAAGAAUAGAAGAACUCCAGAGAAGUCGGAGGCGGUACAUGGAAGAAAACAGCAUUGAAUAUGUACCCAAGUUUUUUAAAAAAGUUAUCGAUGCUAAUCAAAGAGAAGCCUGGGUUACCAAUGAAACCUACUGGGAACUGCGAAAGGAUCCUGGAUUUAGUAAAGUAGAAAUUCCUGUACUCUGGUAAACUGAGAAUGUAGAUCUAGUAAACAUAUCACUCUGAAGAAAAAAAUAACUAUGCACAAUAUGUUUCUUAUAGAUAAGCGUGGUUUGUGGGUCUACGGAAAAACCUAUCAUUUGCAUUUAUUUUCAUCUUUAUAAUGGACUUUUGAAAGUGCAUUAGACCAGGCCCCUGACCACUUCUGGAUCUUUUUAAUUUUGCAGCAGCCAUUAAAAAAAAAAAAAGAAAAGAAAAAAAAAAGAAAGAAAGAAAAAGGAACAAACAAACCUUUUGAAGUUUCAUACAAUGAAAAUUCAGAAGAGAAGCAGAUGAGUUAUCCAAAGUCACUUGGAAGAGGCGAUAAACACAAAACCGCAAUUGGUGCUUUAAACAGACAUUAAGAGUAAUGUAAUUUAAAUUAAAAGAAAAAAAAAGAAGGAAGAAAAACAGAAAAAAAUCCAUUUUGUUUCAACUAUUUUUGUUAAAAUCUUUUGAGUCACCACACUGUCAUUUCUGGCUUCAGGUUAGUCCUUUGGUAUGCUGUGCUUGGACUGGCCUUGUCAAAACAUAUGCUUUUCUGAAAGCUGUUCCCAUUCAUAUGCCAUUGUUCAUGCCUUAAGGAAAAUAUGGAGUGUACAGUAAGUCAUUUUAAAAUAUAUAUGCUUAGGCUUGUGUCAAGGGCAGAUUUUUAAAGCACUAGGAUUUUAUCAUGAUAUAAAUAUUGGAAAACCUGUAUUAUUUAAAAUCAAAAGACAACCAAACAUCUAACUGUAUUUCAGAAGAACAAGAUCUACUGCACAUGCUUUAGCUUUGGGGAGCUGACCGUAUAAUCAGACUGAAAAGAAGCUGCUAACUGGUUAAAAUUGAGGUAAUUUUGGUAAAUGCAUAUGAAUGGCUAGUCAGAAAAUUCAUAUUUUAAGUAGCUAAUGUUGAGAUGCGUUUGUUGCUUUUACCACUGAGUGGACAUGGUCUUGCAGCAAAUUCAUUUCCCUAUAAUUGCUUAUAAAAUUAGGUUUCCCUGAAGCUUUGCAACAGUGUUAAAGCACAGAAAGAUUUCAUGGGAUUUCAAGAUUUCUUCACUCCAGAGGUUGGAUCGUACCAUAAAUGAAACUAGUAUUUUCUUCCACACAUGCUUUUUACUGGCUCUGUUCUUUCCCCAGCCACUUAUGGCAUCUAAAUUUAUAUUUGAGAAUAGGGCAAAGGCUCUUGUGCUUUAUAGCUAACUUCUGCUACUUGUGUUGCCAAAAUAGCUUUUGUGCAAAAUUAUAUUUUACAGUUUUUCUGAAAGUGACUCUAUAUUUUUGGUUAAGAACCAAGACUCUUAAGUAUUGCUAAGCCUCAGCUAAUAUAUGUGGGAGAAGGCUUGGCACUUUCUGUAUGAAAAUCUGUGAAACACGAAACAGUAGGAGGGCAGAUUUUAAAAGAAAAAAAGUAAUUUUAUUUGAUAAAACGUGCAUUCCGUAUGGUAUGAUCUAGUCUUCCAUUUAUACGUGUAUUAUACAUCCACUCACUGAUGCCAGGUUAGGUUUCAUCAAUAUACCCUGUAUUACUUUCUACAUGUAACCAGCAUAAAUAAUGCGUACAAAUUUUUCUAUGUAAAUUGAUUCCAAUAAUGAUACCUAAAAAAAAAAAAAAGCUUGAUACCUAUGUGAUUCUGCCAGAAAUGCUACACAGACAGCUCUCAGUGCAAUACCACAUGUGCCCAUCUCUCCCCCUGCCUCUUGCUUUUGCAGAGCUGAGAUUACUUAAUAUGCAUUUAGUUCUUCCCUUUGUUUAUAAAGCAGAACAGUUGGCUACUGUUGAAUCCCAGUCUAUUCAUCUUACUAGGGAGAAAUAUGAAAACCUGAAUAUGAUAUUAAGUAGAAUUUUAAGUAAUUAUGAAUACUUGGUAUAAAAAAAAAAACAAACAAACUGUGCGGAUUACCAGGAUUUCUUCCAAAGAAAAUUAUUUGUUAGUUAAAGAGCGAUGUAAUUUUCUUUCCUGCUUCAACAGAAUUGGAUUUUUUUCUUUUUUGAGUUCUACAUUUGUUAUUACCAAAAAAUUAAUAUAUAUAUAUAUAUAUAAAGGUUUGGUGUUUUUAAAUUGUAUUUGUUUGACUUCAACAUACUUGCUCUAAUGGUAUUAUAGUACAAAGCAAAUUGGCACACUGUGUGCAAAACAGUGAUUGAUUAUACUGGGUCACUUUUUAAAAUUAAACAUUGUAAGCAUUUGCCCAUCUCAUGCUCCGGUGUCUGUGUGCAGUUUGCUGCAGCAUUAGGAAGUAUUAUGUGUGCGUGUCUGCAAGUAUAUUUGAGGGACAGAAACUACGUCCUCUUUUGUUUUUUGGAAGUUUUUUUUUAAUUUAAAUACAAAAAUAAGGUAUUCAGUUCUACAGUGUUCUGAUAGUGUUUCAUGAAUGCCAUUCUUUGCAAUGCAAACUUGGUUAACACUGAAGAUGCUAUCACUGCUUUAAUUAUUCUUUUGCAGUUGUUUGUCUGAUACUCAUUAUAUGACGAUUAGCAUUCCAUUUCUUAGAGUUAAAAAAGUGUGAUGCACUAAAUCUUUCUAUUGAAGGCACUCUUUGAACCUAUGGAGUAUUAAAUUAACUGAAUGUUAAACUAGUUAAUUAGUAACUAGAGGAAUUGCAGUGUUGCAAGAUAUUUUCCAUCUUUAUCAGAAUCCUAACUGUGCCAGCAGGUGUGCCAUAAGUGGUUUCCUAUAGUACAGAAUUCUCUGCAUUUUUGUGUAAAAUCUUUGAUUAAAUUUUCCCUGCGAACCUGGACAUUGGACAUUGUGACAACUUGUUGGGUUGUGGAAUGUUUCUUUGUCCAGCUCACUGAUGAGAUAUUCAUCUAUAAGCACUGCAAAUUGACCCCUCUUUGCUGGCUACCAGCAGGGUCUUAGCUGCUGGUUGCUGCCCUUCAAGCCUGGGGAUUUGGGCAGUUUCCAGCCCACUUCAUUCUAUUCAGCCAGGCUGUAUUUCCCUUAGAAGGGCAUAAAAGGUACUUACCCGCUCAGCAGAUUUAAUUGCUACAGAUUUUGAUGUGUGAUGAAAAUCAGUGCCAAUUAUUUGACAUUUUAGAAACUGAAGUACAACUUUCAAUAUAAAGACAUCUCCCUUGAUUUUUCUCAUGUUUUCUUUAAAUACUUAUUUCUGUGUAAAAUAAACAGCCCUUAUGCUUCAGUUCUGCAAUAGUGAAAUGUACUGUCAAUUAGUACUUUAAAGCGUACUUCAUUUUGUUCCUUGUUCUGGUACUGUGGAUAUGAUAGGGCAACAAUAGCUAUGUCCAUCAAAAGCUGUGUCAUCCUAUAAAGACUUCAAUAACUACAUUCCUAUGUUAGAUGCAUAUUAACAAGAUAGCAGAUUUUCUUGCAUAUUAGAAACUGUUACCUUGCUGAAAAUAAAAUUUGAAUAUGAGUUGAUUUUCAUAGUAUCACUGUGAUUAAAACGUCACCUCAACACUCAUUCUAAUUUUAGAUAGACGUAGGUUGCAUGAAAUAAAUAUUUUUGUGUUUGAUCCUUCUAUAAUAAUCUGGUCUCACAAAUAUUGUCACACCUUUUUUUUCUUUUUCUUUCCCUAAUUUUGAACUUCUGAAUCUGAACGAGCAUUUAUGACACUUGUGAGUUUUGGGUAGACAAUAUUUGUCUGAAGUGAUAUUGGUAAUAUGGACAAUAUAAUAUGAACAGCAGGUACCAGGCAGAUGUGAAGUGCUGCAGGACAUAUACGUUACCAACACUGGUCCUGCCCUCCAUGUGAGGAUUUGCGUAGCAGCCAUGUGGUCCUGCUCACUGUGUUUCUUUCUCCCCAACAAAAUUGGAUUUUUAGAAUAGUCUGGAAGGAAGGAGAGCUUCACUUGCAAAUGCACUGUAACUGAGAGGGCUAGAUAUUCUGGGUUUUCUUUUGUGCAUUUUAAAAAAAUCUUACUUUUGCUAUCAAAGCUUGGUUAGUAUGUUGCCUUUGUUUUAUAGGAUUUUGAAUUGUCUGGUGCAGAGAUAGGCACUAACUGUUUUAAAUGCCAUUGACUGCAAUAGUCUGAGGAAUUAACUCUAUUGUAGUUGUCCCUACUAAUUCUGGAUUUGCAAAAUGAAAGCAAACGAAUUGUUAGAUUAAACCUAAAGAAAAAAGGGUAUUUUUAUUCAUAUGCUAAAAUUGAGGGGUAUAUUGAAGAGAGUUGGGUUCAGCUGUGGGAAAAAGAUAUUGACAGAAUUGUGUAAGAAACACUGGAACAUCCUCACCUGUCAGCAUGUAUUAAACAGACACCUUGGAGAAGGCUAAGAGAUUGGGUAUGUGUUAACGACUUAUCUGAGCAGCUACUGGGGCUGCUAUCUAGCAUUAUCAUCUUGGAUGUCAUUAAGUAACAGUCCUCAGAAUUGAGCAUAUAUUGCUUGAAGUCAAGUUGGUCAGAGAUGCAGUUGCAAAUAUUUUUUUGUUUUUGUUCAUCCGCUCAAAAUUGUAAGGGAACCUGCAGUAUAGAACUAUCCCUGUACUUUCUACUUUUUCAACCCUGAUUACUUUUAUUGUGAUUCUGGUAUCGCUCAGAAGGUAAAUUUCCUGGAGAAAGGAUGUAGUUUUUCUUGUUUGUUUGUUUGGUUUUUUUUUGGUGCUGUUUGAUUGUUUUGUGUUUUUGUUUUGUUUUAGAUAGGAUAAUCUAGACUGUGUUAAUUAAAAUUUAAUUAUUACUAAGGAGAAUAUCUCCCUAAAAUCUUUUUGAACAGGGUAUGGCACCACAAGAAUGUUACAAAUCUCAUUAAGUUAAAAAAAAAAAAAAAAAAGAAGGCUUAUUUACAACAGUUGAUUUUAUUUCUUUUAUUAUGCAGUGUAAAGGGUCUAAUCACGAAAGUUCUUUCGACUUGAGCAUGUAAAGCCUUUUGUUGAGUAUCUUGGUGCACGUUCCAUCCUUCUUCCACUGACUUGAAAAGCCUCUAUAAAACCUCCUUAGGAGAAUGUUUAUAUGGCACCUUGCAAGUUUAAAGUGUCAGUAAUGUAUUUGUAGGUGUUUUAUAUAUAUGUACACCUCCACUUUUGUCAAGUUUUGUAGUAUCAUUAAACCCAUCAUGUCUUUUUUUUUUUUUUUCCCCUUGUGAUCUCUGACAAACCUCAGAGAAGGGAGAGACUGCAAUGGAGAACAGUGAAACCAGAGACAUCAGUGUUGUCAGUGGUACCCUUGUAACAGAACAGAAAAAAUUCAAAUGUCUACAGAUUAAAAUGUCACAUCAGCUGUAAAUCUGUUUCAGGCAGGUUAUGUUAAUACCAUUUCUCUUUCCAGUGUUCCGUGACAGUAUGAGAAAAGGGAGGAUUGGCGACAUUUGCUCAGGAUUGAUUCUGAGAGUGAAAGGAAAUUUUAUUCCAUUUAUAAGUAAAAAUGACUCUAGACAAUAUUUGUCUGAAGUGAUAUUGUUAAUAUGGACAAAAAGAGUUAGAGAUUUUAUAAAUAGGGAAAUCAAAAAGUUGGGAUAUAUAUACCACUCAGCAGUGUGUAAUAUACUCUGUCUUGAACUAUGAACAGUUCAGUUGUAAGAAUACCUAUUCAUAUCCCUGGAGCCAUGAACCAGAUGUUGUCUCCCAUGAAACACUAAAAAAUAUUUCCAUGUUUACUGCUACUUUUAAUGAUCUGCGUUAAUGGAUGAGGCAUAUCUUAUGCUAAGCUAUAAUCUUGCUGCCACAAACUAUUAGGAAUGCAAAAUGGGAAGAGGGUAAGCAGGGUCUUUCAAAAUGGCAGAGGUGGAUGAUUUAAUUGUUUGUACUCUAGGCAUCCUCAUGUGUUAUACAACACAUGUUAUCCUCAAGUGUUAUACAAAAACAGCACAGAUACUGACAAAUAUUCGAACAGAACAAUUCUUCCUUGUGCCAGUCAGUUUAGCCACAAAUGCAACAUCUUUUCUCUAGAACUGCAUUACUAUUUGUGAUUGCAUUUGUGGCAGCUUGAGUCUGUUGGGCUGAUAUCUCAUGUCCACUGAGGACAGAUAGAUAGCAGUAGUCGGACUGGAAAUUCAGAUUUCUUUUCUCAUAAUUCUGUUCCUUUGUCUCAUAGUCCUAUACCUUUUGUAAAUUUACCUCAACAAAGAAUAUUACAGUGGCAUUUAAAAAGUUCAGUUUAGAUUAACUGUCAGUAUUUUGCGGGUGAAGGAGAACUCAGGAUACCUUCCUUACCUAUGCUGAAUAAAUAAAGUGAUUAUCUUUUUACAAUUAUCAUUGUAUUUGCCUAAUGUUUAACAUACGUACUUGGAGAUCAAAUCACCAAUAAUGAAAUAGUACAUAAAAGUAUUUUCACCUCUCUUAAAGGUGAAGAUUAUCAUUCCAACAUAAGGUUAGAAAUCAGGCGUAUUCAGUUCUUCAAAGAAAUGUGAAAGGUAUUCAUUGGGGGUUUAAAUGUAUUAUAAGAAAUUCAGAUCAGAAUAAAUUUUAUGUUCAGCUGAGUCUCAACUAAGACGUGACAUGGGACUGAGAAAUAGGUGUUGAUGAGUGUAUUCUGGUAUGCAGGCAUAAAUUGAAAGAUUGCAACUAAUAGCUUAGUUAAGCUUUUGCUAUAAUUAGCAAAAGCACUGUUCUUUUCCUUUAGAAUUAUUUAUAGACUAAUUAUUUUCAAACAUUCACUCCUCACUAAUGACUAAUUGCAUAUCAAGUUUGAGUUUUGAAAAUGAAAUGGCGUUUGCAGCUCCACAGAUUAAGGGUGGUUCUUCCCUCAUGCAGUUUGUUCAGAUCUUGCUAAACCUCCAGCUCCCAGAGAAAGGUAGACCUAUACUACUCAUUCACUAAGAUUUUGCUUGGACCAAAAAGAAAUAUUAGUGGGUUUUUCUGGAUGAGAAUCUUCUUUUGUUUAUUGACUUUUGUCUGUUGUUUACUAUAUGGUAAGUGAGAAAGUGAGGUGUUAGCAUCUGAUGUCUGAAUUCUUUUCUUUCAACAAAAUGUGUAGGGAACUGCUUGCUCUUUAACAAUUACUGCUAGUUGACUGAAGCAGAUGCUUUACUUAGCCUGUGAGGAGACAUUAAAUUAAACUACUGCAGCAUCCGGAGAGAUCAUGAUGAUAGUUCUGUAUUAGGAGAUUAGGUAUAUCUGCUUUGUUGUAACCAGUAGCAAGCUUUCUUACUUGGGUCUGUGUCUACUGCCCUUUGUAUAAUUACAAUUUCUGAGCAUUUCAACAGAGAACUCUGUAUUUUCUCUCAUUUUUUUUCCACAGCUAAUACAAAUUUGGUAAUAACAUAGCACUUCUUUGCUGGGACACGUAUGAUGUAAUAAAUUCCAGUAUCUGUAGACUGCUCACACUGAGAAUGCCAUUAUAGGAAUAAGGAUUAGACUAGCUGCCAAUUUUACAUUGCUUACUGAGCUUCAUUACUCUUAGCAGCAUUUACUUUCAGAUGGGAAACAGCCCAACACCAGUAGGCAAAAAUGUGAAAUAAAAUAAAAGAAUAGCUAGAAAGGCAUUAUUUGCUAAUUUUCCAUUUCUCGGCACCUCCAUGAGGAAAAAAAGAGUCUGUUGAUUUCUAUUACACCUUUAUGUAACAUCCUUGUAAACAGAUGUCCUUGGACUCUUUCUAUUGUGGUUAAACUAUUGUGCUAGCUAGAAAUGCUGUCAGAAAUUCACUUUAUUUUUAUUUUUUUUUUUAAGAUGAAUUUUAAAGGCAAAUAGUUGCUUUCUAACAAACCCAACGUAUAGAGUCAUUGCUGUUUUUAAGUACCAGAUAGACAAUGACUGCAGACUGUAACUGCAGAGGGUCUGUAUACCUUGAUGCACCAGACAACCAUUGGUUGUUUGAAAGGAAUAGAAAGCUGUUACUUGAAAGAAAUAAAGAAAACAAGAAGCAUUUGUACUCCUAGCUACAAAAUGUUGUAGAAAGCACUAUUUUUGAGCAAUGCAGUAUUAAACCAUACCUCUUUUUUUUUUUUUUUUAUUUUGCUGAGAAGUUCACUUCCAUAAGGAGAUGAAGGAGAAGAGGAUAGUGGGGAAAAGAAGUCAGAACUGUAAUUUUGAAAUGACUCAGUAGAAAAUUGAAGUGCAAAUCUUUAUGUUGAGAGCUGUAUAAGCUACUUAAAGUCUUGCAGUUUUUAAAACUUUAAAUAUAGUCGUUCAUAGUAUAUUCAGUAAUUUAUUUAUUUCUUUUUAAAUCCUUACCUUGAUUGCCUUCCUGCAAAUACACGUUCAUUUGUUCUUGACAAUUUGCAAUUUUGGAAGAUCUUUCAGGAUGAUGAUUAUUUACAUCUUCUUAAUUCUGUACUCUGAAUACUAUGAUAGUGCUUAAAAAAGCACUUCUAUUUACGAAGCACCAACGAUUGAGAAAUAACAUAGAUAAGACAUAAUUUGAUUAGACUUCAAUUUCACAUGCAAGAGUUAAAGAGUAAUGCACAUCUCAGAAUUAUUUUUAGCUUCAUAUGCUUGGACUGAUCUUUCACAGGCAUCAGUGUGUCCCUGAGGUACACCUUGCAGUGGUUUCAUUGAAUUCAGUCAGAAAGAUGUAGAUGCAGAAGUUCAAAUAAAGAGGUUCAUCAGGAAGAAAUCAAAACAACACACCUGGUUACGCCAGGCUUUGUAACACUUGAUUUUUAAUUCCUAUGUGCUCAGACAAAUGAGCAUCUGUGCUGGUGAGGCUGAGCUCCUGAUGAUACUCUGCAGACCUCAGUGUACUUCUAGAGGAGUGGAUGGUCCAGCUGCCCAAUUAUUGCAAUGUCAGGCCUACCAUAUAGUCAAGCCUAAGUAUUCAGCCUAAUUUUGAAUGUGUGCACUGUCUCAUGAAAGAUCAAUGUGUGAAAUGCAGCUGGUUUGACUGCUUGCCAAUCGGCGCAAUAUGUUUGACUUUAUUUUGACUCUUCUGUGUUUUGGAACCACAUUUUGGUGCAAUGUUUAAGGAUCAGUCAAUUACGUGUCUGUGCACACAUCAAUUAUGUAUGACAUUUGAAAGAAAGAGCAGGAGAUCAGAUCAAUGACAAUUCAUCAUGUUAUGUUUCACUCUGGCAAGCUGAAUUGUAGGAAUAUUUGUGAUUCCUGUCCCUGUUUGCCUGUUUGUGCUCCACAGGCCGAUGCCAGCCAGGAGUGGGGGCUGCUGGUACUGCAGUUGUACUGCUAUUUGUUUAGUAUAUUGAGUUCUCUGGCAACUUCAAAGGUCAAACCUACUUGCUAGCUAGGAAGGAGCAGUGAGAUGGCAGUUUUAAGUUCUCAUGUAGUGCAGCUGCAACGCACACGCCCUGUGUCUUUGUACUAAUGAGUUGGUUCCGACCGUGCUGUUAUAGUAUGUCUGAAUGCAGAUGAGGCCUCGUGCUGACUACCUCUGUGCAAUAAAUUACAGGCUCAUGCAGCAGUGGGUGUUGGUGGCGAUCCCUUGGCAACAGGAGCAUCUGUUUGCCAUGUGAUUCAGGGAAGGGAUGGUGGGGGAAUAGUAAACAAGAGAAAUUAAUUUAAUUGGGAGUUCAAUCCAGUGAUGCACGUGGUGUAGACAAUGCCCAUGAUAUCAACUCCAACUGAGGAAAGUCCUACAGCUUCUGGUAGGAAAUAAAGGUGAACUUGGCUAUGCUGUAGUUUAUGUUGUGCUCUAAAAUGUAACAAAAGAUGUCAUCUGUUUCCUGCAUCUGAGCCGGGUUUACCAGGAUAUUGUGUUCAAAACACACACACAUUUCUAGAUUUUGAGGAAACAUGAUGCUCUUUUACCUGUUGCAUUGUAAUUGGAUAAUGCAUGUACAAAUGACUUGUUUAGCCUGCCAAUGAAUGUUGCUAAUGCCUUACCAAAAAGAAGCAUAUUUUUUGUAUUUUUUUUCCUCAGAGGCAAAUCCAAACAAUGCUAGAUUUGGGAAACUGUUUACUGAAAAGCAUUUUCUAACAGAUCUCUGAAGAAGUGCAAUUGUAUAAUUAUUAUUGUUCAGUGCAUACAGUACAUUGUCUCCAUCACUCUGUACACUGCUGCUAUUAGUGCUUGUUCUAAUAAAUCUCAAUGUACACUGUUUAA